CUCAGAGGGGACAUGUACACUGAUCAUCAGAGCACUGAUGAUCAAUGUGCCCUGAUGAUCUGUGUAGCCCCAGCAGUGCCACCUGUCAGUGUCCAUCAGUGCCAGCUGUCAGUGCUCAUCAGUUCCACAUGCCAGUGCCACAUCAAUGCCACAUAUCAGUGCCUACCAGUGUACAUCAAUGCUGCAUACCAGUACCAAUCUGAGCUGCCUUUCAGUGUCACCCAUCAGUGCCAGUCAGUGCCACCUAUCAAUGCCAAUCAGUGCUACCAAUCAGUGCCGCUUGUCAGUGCCACCUGUCAAUGCCCAUCAGUGCAGCCUAUCAGUGCCCAUCACUGUAGCCUCAUAAGCGCACAUCAGUGAAGGAGAAAAAUCACUUAUUUACAAAAUUUUAUAA